AUUUUUCACUCUUCUUCCUUUUUUUUUUUUUUUCAUUUUUUUUUUCGUAUUUUCUCCAUCAUGAAGUCGAGCACGCCUGUGACGGCCAUGGACACCUCGUCCACCGUCGACAAGAAGGACAAGAAGGACAAGAAAGAAAAGAAGGACAAGAAGGACAAGAAGGACAAGAAGGACAAGAACGCUUCGACCUCGUCCUCCUCCUCCUCUUCUGCUGCUGCUCCGAUGGCGAUCGACGACGACGACAACAACACUGCGACUGUCGCCAUUGCUGACAAGAAGCCCGCUGCUGCUGCUGCUGAUGUCGACGCCGCGAGCAAGAAGGACAAGAAGAAGGACAAAAAGAAGGAAAAGGACGAAAAGCCACAUGGCGAGCACAUGGUCGCCUCUUCAGCCAAGUCCAAGUCGACCGAGUCCGAGUCUGCUGCUGCUGCUGCUGCUGCUGCGGCACCAGAGAAGCGCAAGAAGGACAAGAAGGACAAGUCUGGCGACGACGACCGCUCCAAGAAGACCCGCGUGGAGGAAGCCCAGCCGGCAGCAGAAGAGCAGGAAGUUGCCGUGUUUGCCGAAGCGUCGGCCUCCAAGAGCCGCAGCGACAAAAAGUUCAAGCGUCUGGACGGCGGCUCGUUCCGAAAGGACUUUUACACCCUCCACCCGACCACCGCAGCCAUGUCGCAGGCGGACGUUGAGGCCUACCGCAACGGUCACGGCAUCUCGAUCCGACUGCCCGAGGCGCACGGAUUUGCCAAGUCGGCCAUGCUCAACCCCAUCCUGGCAUUCAACCAGGCAGGCUUCCCGGAAGACCUGCUCACCGCCUGCGCUGGCUUUGCCAGCCCCACCCCGAUCCAAAGCCAGUGCUGGCCGAUCAGCCUCGCGGGCAAGGAUCUCAUUGGCAUUGCCAAGACCGGCUCUGGCAAGACGCUCGCCUUCGCCCUGCCCUCCAUCAUCCAUCUGCGCGACCAAGAGGCGCUCGGCAAGAGCUCCAACCAGCGCGGCCCUGUCGUCCUUGUGCUCUGCCCGACCCGCGAGCUCGCCAUGCAAACUGCCGAAGUGUACGCGAACGUGGCUUCGCACACUGGCAAGAGCAGCUCCUCGGUCGCUCUCAAGACGGUCUGCAUCUUUGGUGGCGUCCCCAAGAAGCAGCAGCUCGACCAGCUCAAGUCUGGCAUCCACGUCAUUGUCGCAACCCCCGGUCGCCUCCGCGACUUUAUCGACUCUGGCGACAUUUCCCUCCAACGCGUCAGCUGCGUCAUCCUCGAUGAAGCCGAUCGCAUGCUCGACCUUGGCUUUGAGAAGGACAUUCGCGACAUUCUCGGCCGUGUCACCAAGGACCGCCAGACGCUCAUGUUCAGCGCGACCUGGCCCUCUGCCAUCGAAGCCAUCGGUCGCGAGUUCCUUGCUCCCGACACUGUCCGCGUCACCAUCGGUGGCGAUGAGCUUGUUGCCAACGACGCCGUGACCCAGCAUGUUGAGGUCUUGGAGCCGUUUGCCAAGGACGCGAGACUGCUCGACUUGCUGCAAAAGCACCACUCGUCCCGCAAGAACAAGGUUAUUAUCUUUGUUCUGUACAAGCAAGAGGCACCUCGUGUCGAGCAAAUGCUGCUGCGCAAGGGCUGGAAGUCGAUUGCCAUUCACGGUGAUCGAUCACAGGCGGACCGCACUGCCGCGCUGCAGGCGUUCAAGACGGGCGAAGUGCCGCUCUUGAUUGCAACGGACGUUGCUGCUCGUGGCUUGGACAUUCCCAACGUCGAGUACGUCAUCAACUACACCUUCCCUCUGACCAUCGAGGACUACGUUCACCGCAUUGGUCGUACUGGCCGCGCCGGCAAGACUGGCACUGCCUUUACCUUUUUCACCGUCAACGACAAGUCGCACUCUGGCGAGCUUGUCAACGUGCUGCGAGAAACCAACCAGGCCGUCCCUGACGCGCUGAUGAAGUUUGGCACGCACGUCAAGAAGAAGGAGCACAAGCUGUACGGCCUGCACUUCCGAGACGACGCUGCUGCCGGGCCGAUGCCCGCCGCUUCGCGUAUUACUUUCGACGACGAUUGAGCACGCUGAGCAUCGCCCAAGUUUUGUUAAUUCCUUUUCUUUCGUUAACGCCAUGUACUUGAAUAUCUUUUGAUGAGAUUCGAUUAUUUCUUUUUUUGCACAAACAAUACACGCUAUUUUUGAU